GAACACUAAUUUUUUUUAUAUGAUCGGUAUUUCAGAACAUGAAAUACAAAAUUCCAUUAAAUAUUUUGUCUGUAUUAUCGAAAGUGAUAAGAACUAGAAUUAACUAACUUAAAAUUAAAUUACAGGUAAAAUGAAUAAUAAUCAAUAAUUUUCUAAAAAUUUCUUUCAUACGGAUAUGUGAUUGAAUAAUUAUAAUCAUUAUGAUUAUAUUAACGAAAACAAAAUUUUAUGCUAUUGGUAUUAAUUAAUUUUUAUUUCUUUUUAUUCUUCCUUUUUUUUAUGAAAACGAAAUAUAAAAAUUUAUAUAUGACUAAUGAUUAUAUAUUGAUAUAUAAAUUUUAAUCCAAUAUGUACAAUGUAAAUCAAAACAAUCAUUAUUUGCUAUCUAUACAUAUUGAAAAUUGCUUUAAAUAAAAGUGUAUAGCAAUAUGCUUAUUAUAAGAAGUAGAUAGUAAUUUGUGCAUAAGAUACGUAAUUUAAGAACAGUAUGAGUGACGUGAUGUCUGCUGAGAAUAGCAGGCAAAUGUUUGUUUCGAUAGAGAACUCUGUAUAAGCGUACAAGUUUAAUAGCUGCCUAGACUCCAAAGGAACAACAUGUAUCGAAUGAUUGCUGUAAUUCUUAUCGUAUGCUUGUGCUUCUUACCAAUGUAUCGAGCCAUCAAUAUUGAUGAUUGUGGCUCAAAAGUGGGAAAACUUACGUCUAUAACUUUAGACUGUGAUAUGACCAAAAGUGUAUGUGAUUUAAUACCAGAUACGAAUGCAACAAUUCGAAUCGAUUUUACGCUCGAAAAAGAUGUUUCAAAAGUUAAUGCCAUUGUGCACGGUAUUGUAAUGGAUAUUCCUAUACCUUUCCCAUUACCAAAUGCAGAUGCUUGCCAAACUCCUGAUUCUGGUAUUACAUGUCCUUUAAAUAAGGGUGAAACUUAUCACUAUAAAAAUACAUUACCAGUGCAUAAAUCGUAUCCUAAGGUGAGUGUUACUGUAAAAUGGCAACUUAAAGAUGAAAAUAAUGAAGAUAUAAUUUGCGUGUUAAUUCCGGCUCGAAUUAAAUAGAUAUAUUAAAUGAGUAUUAUUUCACUAUAUUUAUAUAUUAUAAUUCUAUUUUCAAAGAAGUAUAUAUUUUACAAAAAUUGUAUGAAAUAAAUACAAAGAGGACUAAAAAUGUCAAUUUUAUGCAUUUCGUAAUAUGAAUUAUUUUAAUGUACAAAAUAUACAAGAAUUUCAUACAGUUUUUAUUGAAGUGAAUACAUGUAAAAUAAGAAUAUAUUAUAUUAUAACAAUAAAUAAUAAAUGUACUUUUUUCAAAUAUAUAACAAAUUUAGACAUUUUAUAAAAUAAAAAAUAAAAUUAUUAAUAGGAAUUAUUAUGAAAA